GUGGAAAUCAAUUGGAAAAUAGAAUUGAAUCUUCCAGUCCUCUCAGUUUCUCUUACACUUAUUCAAAUAUGUGUUUUUAAUAUUUCAGAUAAAACAUAAUUUACUAUUCAAGCGGAUAUUUUAGCGCUGUGAAUUCGACGAUAGAUUCUGGUUUCGGUUGCUUUCGCCUGAUUAGUGACGUUCUCCUCUCGAUUGCUCCUGCCUGCUGCCAGUUGAAUGAACAUGGCGGCUACUCCAACCACGAAUCCGUCUCAGCUGCUCCCACUUGAGCUCGUGGACAAAUGCAUCGGCUCCCGAAUUCACAUCGUGAUGAAAACCGACAAAGAAAUCGUCGGCACCCUGCUGGGCUUCGACGACUUCGUCAACAUGGUCCUCGAGGAUGUGACAGAAUUUGAAAUCACGCCGGAGGGACGGAGGAUAACCAAACUGGACCAGAUCCUCCUCAACGGCAACAACAUCACUAUGCUCAUCCCUGGAGGAGAAGGUCCUGAAGUCUGAGACGGGAAUCAUCACUGAUGGGGCGGUGGAUUUAAUCCAUUUCCAUGUUGUUCCUGAGUUUGUUGUAUCAUUGUUUUAUUGUUCUUUCUAGGUCUUGAGUGAAUAUUUUUGUAAGAUUCCCUAAUUGAUUAUUUGUUAAAUUUGAACUGUAUCGCACAGGACGUUUUCUUUUUACAAUUAAAGAAUCCUUUGAAGAAAAAACAUCUGCCAAUUAAAAUGUGUCACUAACAUCUGUACAACAGAGAUGAAACUUUGAUCAGCUUCUUUUAAAAAGUGAGUUAUGUACACGCAGCAGUUUGUAAAUUAUUCAAUCAACGAGUUGAUCUAAAAUCAAGUAAAUGAUUCUGUGACUUGU